UAGUUUUUGUUUGUUUGUAAUACAUUAAAAGCAAAAUACUCAUUAUGGGAAAGUCGACCAUUGAUUUGGAAGUACCGGGUGCUGCAAUUGAUGGCCAUAAAAAAGGAUUAUCUGUAUUGACUGCUAUUGUGUUUAUCUCCGGUGAAUUAGCCGGUAGUGGUGUGUUAGCCUUACCAGAGGCAUUGGCUAAUACAGGAUGGACAGGAAUAGCUCUGAUUAUAAUUGCCGGACUCAUAGCAUCGUAUUCUGGCGUAUGUUUAGCCCGUUGUUGGCUUAUGCUUGAAGAACGAUGGCCUGAAUAUAGAGGUAAUACCCGAAACCCUUUCGCAUCAAUCGGUUUUCGAGCCAAUGGAAAGUGGAUGAGUUAUGUCUGUUCAGUGGUAAUGGAUGUGACAUUCUUUGGAGGAAACGUUGUAUAUAUACUAUUGUGCUCUGAAUUACUUGAAUCUCUUACCCACUCUUUUAUAAAACACAUAACCCUUUGUGAUUGGAUUCUUAUAUUAACCCUACUAUUAAUACCUCUGUCGUGGUUGGGAUCGCCCGCCGAUUUCUGGCCACUCGCUUUCGGUGCAAUUGGCACAACAAUUUUGGGACUCAUAUUAUUGAUUGUCCAAAUAAUAAUAGACGCGCCAACAUUUAAAGAUAAGGCAAAUCACGAUUCGCCAACAUUUAGCAACUUUUUUCUUGGCUUCGGUACCAUUGUAUUUGCCUUUGGAGGCGCCGCCGCUUUUCCCACUUUUCAAAAUGAUAUGAAAGACAGGACUAAAUUUCCUAUUGCUGUUGUCGUCGGAUUUAUCAUUUUAAUUAUACUGUAUUUACCCGUAAGUAUUGCUGGUUUUACGGUAUUUGGCAGUAGUGUCAGCUCUGAUAUAUUGAACUCCGUAUCAAUUGGUGGACUCCGGACAACAAUAACUUUGUUAUUUGCAAUCCAUUUGUUUUUGGCGUUUCUUAUUAUACUAAAUCCUGUGGCACAAGAAUUUGAAGAUUUAGUUGGAAUACCUCAAUAUUUUACAUAUAAACGAUGUAUAACCCGAACCGUAUUGAUGGCAUUGGUAUGUUUUACAGCCCUAUCAGUGCCACAAUUUGGUAAAAUCUUGAGCUUAAUCGGUGGUUCUUCAGUAACUUUAAUGACAUUUGUUUUGCCACCGAUUUUCUACCUGAGCUUAGUUUCACAACAAAAUCAAAACAAGGAAUGGCCUAAAAGAGAGAUUACAUUGAAAGUGAAAAUAUUGUUGAUAAUAAUAAUAUUAAUUGGUAUAAUAGCUGGUAUAGCCAGCACAUAUUCAGCUAUAAGGGAUAUGGCUGAUCCCAAUGGUUUCAAAUCACCUUGCUAUCUUAGUUUAAACUCAUUUUAUUGUUCAUCAUAAAACUUAUUGCACUUAUUU